AUGGCUCACCAGCAUUAUCGAUCGCCGUUUGGUGACACAACGUUUACAAAAGUGUUCGUCGGCGGACUUGCUUGGGAGACAUCAACAGAUGUAAUGCGAAGAUAUUUCGAGCAGUUUGGGGAGAUUCUUGAAGCUGUUAUCAUCAUUGAUAAGAACAGUGGGAAGUCUAAAGGAUAUGGAUUUGCCAUUUUGUUUUCCGAUUAUAGUAAAGUAGAUACUAAAGGAGUGAACGCAACCGAACCACUAGGUUUGAGAAAGAGGUUGGCUUCAAAGUCGUUGCAGGGAGCAACGAUUCUCUUACUGAGAAGUUGA